AAUUCGACUCGAAGCUUGUUUAAUCGUCGGCCAUGUUAUAAAUACAACGUUUUGCUUUGUUUCGCUCAUUGUGCCUAAUAAGCUUGCUUUUGUUAGGUUAGUGAAGUUUUUAAUCAGUGUUUGAAGCUAGAGGUUGUUUUUAUCGUCUACGAAAUGGGUGCAGAGCAAUCUACCACAAGUAGGAGCAAUGCCUCGACUCCAACACAGAGACAGAUGAGUCAGGCCGAAGUCAAGCGAAUGCUGGACCAGCAGAGGCAGCAGUACGAGAGGAAACUGCAAGAGGUGGUCAAUAAAACGAAGCAGGAGGCAGCUGCCAGACCCCCUACUCCUCAAACUAUAAGCAUGGAAAGAGAGAGAGCGCCGUACAGUUAUGCUGGACCCGCUCUGCAGCAAAACGCAGCCCCUACUACGCCACAGCCUCUAUACCCCAACCUGAACCAGCCCCAAGCGUACCCAUAUCAACCCCAACCCAACAAUCAAUUCCACCCCCAGCCCAACAACAAUCAAUUUCAUCCCCAAGUCAACAACAACCCUUUCCAGCCGCAGAGGCCGAAUGACUUCGUUUUCGUUAACAACUUUGGACAAGCUGAAAGUUACAAUAGACCUGCCCCAUCGGCGCCGUUCCUCCCGAAUCGAAGGGGUCGCGGACAGGGACCCAGGCCGCGAUCUAUUAGCAGACAGCGCAACGAGCCCCAGGAGCGUGACGUGUUAGACUGUCCGACUUGCCACUCGCGGUUCGGGCUGAGGAUCUACCAGUGUGACAGUGGGCAUAGCUCGUGCAGCGAGUGCAAGAAUAGAGGCCGAGCGUGCGGUAUCUGUCACCAGGUCCUCACUAACAGGAGGAACUUUGACCUCGAGAACCAUAUGGCUCAGACGAAAGCGUUGUGCCCAAACGCUACCGAGGGCUGUAAGCUGUACAUCAAGAUCUCUGACAUGGACACACACCAGCGCGAAUGUCCCUUCAAGGAGCAGGAGUGUCCGCUCGCCGCUGUGUUCGGCGUUUGCUGCUGGAGAGGAAAACUGAGCCAAAUAGCAGGUCAUUUCGACCAAAUGCAUCCAAGCGGCCGUCAGACUGACGUCGAUACUGAAAUGGCUCUGACAAACGUGCACAACACUAGCCAAGAGGUGCAUUUAGUCGUUUUAGGAACUUACAACUUCCUAAUCCACGUUAAAGUAUCAGAAACUGACGGCAAAGUCUACAUGGCCGUCCAACUUAUUGGUACCAAGUUCAGCGCCGCGAAAUGGAACUACGAAAUCCACGUUUACAAUAAAAACGAAAAGCACCGCAAGUACACUUACACAGACAACUGUAUGUCGUCCAACGACAAAGUAGAGGACAUAUUUAAAGAUGGCGAAUGUGCUGUGUUGCCAGUGUGGUACGCCAAUACAUUCGUGCACAACGGUGUUAUGAAUUACAAGUUUUUUAUCAAGAAAUCUGAGGAAGCCAUCGCAGAAGAUUCAGAGAGCCGUGGAGAGAAAGAAAGCAGGAAAGGGCAAAAACCAAAGACAAACGCAGUUAACAAGCAUCAACGCGUAAAGGCGAACCGCGGGAGAUCAUCUUCCCUUGCCUCGGAAAAUAGAAAAAACUAGCUACCAACCGACUGAGUAGAAAUAAAGAUGUUUGAUAAUCAUCUAUUUAUUUUAAUAAUGCUCAUGAAAGAUUUUAUGAAGGCUAUGAUUUACAAUUAAAAAAUCAGAACAAAAAAUUGAAUGUUGGAAUCAAAAUCUCAAAGGAAGAAAAAAGUAGAAGAAUAUUCGUACUGAGCAAUGUUUAUACUGUUAAUUUAAUAUUUGGGUACGAAAGGAAGAAAGGAAUAGUCUUCAGAAUUUCUUCAAAGAAAUAAAAAAAAAUGGAGAAGGAAAAAGUACAAUAAAGGCCAAAGAUCAUUACGGAGGUUGGUACCUUAAAUUCCCCAAGGGCUUUACGACUACGGAAGCCGUUUUCUGCUUGAGAAAAGAAAGUUGUGCAUCUACCAACCCGAGUGCAAGAUAAUUUCCCUAAGAAACGUAAUAAAAAUAAUUAUAAUUUUAAUUAUGUUAAAAAUAAGAAUUAUCAUCAACCGAAAGUAUAAAGGUGCGUAUUGAAUUCUUGCUGCCGACUUCACAUUUCGCGACUGCAUGAAGUCGGCCAUAGCUGCACUACUGGUUUCUAUGAAUUUACAUGAAACCGUUUUCAUUGAACGUCCUUGACAGUCGUUACGGGUAGUCGGAAGCCAGUAAGUCUGACACCAGUCUAACCAAGGGGUAUUGGGUUGCCCGGGUAACUGGGUUGAGGAGGUCAGAUAGGCAGUCGCUUCUUGUAAAGCACUGGCACUCAGCUGAAUCCGGUUAGACUGGAAGCCGACGCCAACAUGUCGGGAAAAAAGGCUCUGAGGAUGAUGGACAUGAAACCUAUUUGGAUGAAAGCGGCAGCUGCACGUGCAGCAACUGUCAGAUAUGACAUCGUCGUUCAAUACGUACCUUAUUGAGGUUGAAAUAUUUUUAAUUAAAUUAAGAUUGCAUGUAUAACAACAUUCACUUCACUAUAUCACGCAUAUAGCGAUAGUUUGAUAUGAUUGUUUUAAUAUUUUAAGUUUUUCUAUUUUAUCCAAUUGUAUGUUAACUUCGCCAUAUUUUAUUCUAUCUUUUUGCUGUAUUUUUUUGUGAAACUUGUAAUUUUAAAUCAAUAAAUUGUUUAAAUGUA